AAGACAUUGAUCGAAAUUAAUGAAGUUCAUUUAUUGAAUUAAUUGUGUAAUAAACUUCAGUUUUAAUUACACUUCUGCCGAAUGACAAUGUAAGGUGGAGAUCCAUUCCAGAGAGCCUGGAGUCCGUUUACACAGUCCCGUAAAGCAGUUAUUUGAGUCUCUAGAGGGAAUUUCGAAAAAAAUUGUAUCUUGCCCCGAUAAGGACAUCAUUUUCCCUUGACGAUUCAUCUGGGUAUGCUUACAGAGUGGAACGCGAAUAAACGCAGUUGUUCCUUUCGGUCAAUGUGCUGAUAUUCUGAGCAGUUAUUGGCUUACCGUACUGAAAACAACGAAAUGUUACUAUUGUUACAGAUGAAUGGUUUAAAUGCAGUGACGUUCUGAUGAAUCUGGAGCUCGAAGGCCUGUGAUAGAAAAAGGGUUUGAUGGGUUUGACUUGAUCGGUUUGUGAGGAGGUCCAUUAUGAGGAUGCAAGCCGCUGUAGGUUUGUGUUCGAAUGCUAAUGAUGGUUCGUUUAAGCAUUUGGGUGAGGAUUUAAUAUGGAUUGGGUGUGUAAUUUUCUUUCUUAAGGAUUUAUGCAGACGGCUAAGUCAGGGGACAAAUCCAAAUGGGGAACAAAAGUAGCGAUGACUGCCAUGCAUGUGGUGUUUGUGGGAGCCUUGUUCGCACUGGAUGUUCAGUUAAUCGGGGAAACUUUGACCCAUCCCUGGUACACUACAUUGUAUUUGCUGCUGUUCAUCUUGAGUCUCUUUCAGUAUUUUUAUACAUCUAGCUCACCACCUGGGUAUGUUCUUGAGGUGUUGAAUAGGAAUAAUGGAGAGGAAUCUGGUAUAAAACGUGGAAUUGAUUCCACUUCCAGCUCUGCAUCAAGUAAAGAGACACACUUGACUUUGUCCAUAGAUCCUCCUGGUUAUGGAACUACUACAUAUGGAACUGACAGGGGUAAAGGGCCAGCUCAGGGUGAACGACAUGGAGGGGCAAUUUCAUCGCCAAUAGACGUUCCUGGUAACAAAACUAUUAUUUAUGGAAGUGCCAGGGGCAAAGGACAAGCUCAAUUUACAGUAAAGGAGGAGAUGAUUUCGUCGGCUUCACACACAAGCAGAAGUUCAAAUUGUGCCUACUGUCAUUGCUGGCAGCCUCCAAGAUCAAAACAUUGCCAUGACUGUGAAAAAUGUGUUCUUCGAUUUGAUCAUCAUUGUGUUUGGCUGGGGACAUGUAUAGGUCAAGGCAACCAUUGCAAGUUUUGGUGGUAUCUUUUUGAGGACUCAAUGCUGUGUAUAUGGACCGCUGCCAUGUACAUUAUGUCAAUAUGUAGAGAUGUGUCAAAAGAAUGGUGGCGUGGUGGGUUAGAGAUAAUACUUCUGAUUGCAUUGCUGUUCUGCCUAAUUAUUCUUCUUAUGCUUUUACUUUUUCACACGUAUUUGAUACUCACAAACCAAACAACAUAUGAACUUAUUAGAAAGCGUCGAAUCCAUUAUCUCAGGUCCAUACCAGAUAGAGUCCACCCCUUUAGUAAGGGUAUAUUGAGAAAUGUUUAUAAUUUUUGUUGCUCUUGGGAUGAUUUUUAUACAAUUGAUUCAAUGCCUACAAGAGAGGAGUUGGAAGAAAAAGCAAGGCCCUACUCAUGUUGGGAUAUAUUGUCUUGUCGCUGUUGCUAAGAUGGGAAUGUUGAAAAUACAUCCCAGUUUCGCCAGACUAGUUGUCUUCAAUGGUUCAUAUCUGUUGCAAGUUUUUCCAAAUACCCCCAAGUAGCAUCUACUGUCCCCUGCAGGAAAAUAUAGGGCUCAUAUAUCAAGCAAGCUAUGAAUAUAUCAUUGAUUUCCUUGGAGGAAAGGAAAUGAAUGGUGGGAACUGGGGGUGGUUUUUUAAUCUGUAUUUUUUCCAAAGAUCAAUGCUGCAAAGAAUCUAUUUUCAAUAAUCAGGCUUUGACCUAGGGCUCGUUGUGACAUAUACAUUUAGUUUGGAUUCUUUCCAUGUAAGAUGUAGAUUGGAUUUUUGGUAGAGAGUGUGCAACAGUUGUGUAACGGACAAGAUUUCAACAUUGUAUUGAAAUCCAGCAAGCAGAAUUGAUUUUGUACGGGGAGGAGUUCCUUUUUGACUAAAUUUCUUUACACGGUAUCAAGUCCAUGGGUGCAUUUGCUAAUCCGUAAUAAGCAAAGUGAGUACCUUGCAGAAGACCCUGGUUUGGUCUUUUGGUUAGGGAUUCAUAUCUACAAGAAUAAGUUAUUUUGUUCUUUUCUGUUUCUAUAAACUUUUUCAUUUAAUGAACUGCUUAUAUGAGCUACUCGGUACAUGUUUUUGCACCUCUAAUCACCACUUGGCUGACCUUUAAUUGUUGUUGUCAGCAUGCUUUCCUUGGUUGCUUGUAUAUUUUUCUUUUAAAGUUGUCAGCUUGAGGGAGGCAACAAUAAGUGAACAAAAUUGAGUGAUCUACAUGCCUGACAUUGGGCAGUUUUUUGCCAACAUGGCUGACAGUGCAAAUGUCUCACUUGGUUGACAUAGAACAAUUUUUGUCAUUA